AUGGAGCUUCAGGCCUCAACAAACCCGAUGACGCUGCAACAUUCCACCUGGAACCAGCCAGCAAGGGCGAACCUGAUUGGUCAUUCUGCCAUUGUCAACCCUGUGGUUUUCUUCGGCAUUGCUGCCAACUGCAAGCCCUUGGGCCGUGUCUCCUUCAAGCUGUGUGCAGACCAAAUUCCAAAGACAAUAGAAAACUUUUGUGCUCUGAGCACUGGGGGGAAAAGACUUGGUUAUAAAGUUUCUAGCUUUCAUAGAAUUAUUCUGGGAUUUAUGUGUCAGUGUGGUGACUUCACAUGCCACAAUGGCACAGGCAGCAAGUCCAUCUAUGGUGGGAAAUUUAAGGAGAAUUUCAUCCAGAAGCACACAGGCCCCGGCCUCUUUUCUGUAUCAAAUGCUGGACCCUACAAAAAUGGUUCGUUUUUCAUCUGCACUGUAAAGACUAAGUGGCUGGAUGGCAAGCAUGUGGUCUUCGGCCAGGUGAAGGAUGGCACAGAUGUUGUGACAGCCAUAGAGCACUAUGGGUCCGGGCAUGGCAAGACCAGCAAGGAGAUCACCACUACUGACUGUGGACAACUCUAAUAAAUUUGACUUGUAUUUUAUCUUA